GAGACCAUAAUCUGCUUCUCUUACAUACCACCGGUGGCUGAUUAGAUCCACAUUUGCCCAGCAUCAUAGGUGGAGGUCGGCAAGUUCGAGAUGAUCUUAUCAGGGUAAGGCUGUGGUAUCAAAUUUCAGAUGAGAUCACUUAUUUCACAUCACAAAGCACAUCCCUACAGCCUGCUCAGCAUCAACUUCACGUUUCACAGACCUCUUUGUUCCUGAUCUGUGCAGCACAAGCUGAGAAGCACAUUCUUUCUCCACACUCUGCAAGCAGCCACAUUGGAGCCUGUUAGCUGCCAUCAUGCCUCUGCUGCAAAUGCUGUCUGAUUCCUAGCUUGUACAAAAACAAACCCAUCCAUUAUACAACCACACUGGCUGUCAGGCAUUUUAGAAAAGGUGGUUUAUGGCUGGGAGUUUAGUAGCUGGCUUUGUGUAAACACCUCUUGCCCUUGCAGUGCAGGGUGGCAUGGAGGCCCCGGUCAAAAUCAAACGGACCGCCAUCACGCUGGCACAGAAAGUCCAGAUCAUCUUGAAGCUGAACGACCCCUCCUUCAAGCAGAAGGAGAUCGCCCAGGAGUACGGACUGACCGCCUCCGCCAUCUCCAAAAUCGUCAAGAAGAAAGAGGGCAUUCUGGAGGAAUGGCUGCGCGGCGGGAACCUGGAGCGCAAGCGGAAACGCGAGGGCAAGAACCAGACCAUCGACGACGCGCUGCUCAGCUGGUUCUGGAUGGCCAGCAAGGAGGAAGGCCCCAUCUCCGGGCCGGUGCUCAUGGCCAAAGCCAAGGCCCUUGCCGAUGAGAUGGGGAUCGAGUUCAAACCCACCAAUGGGUGGUUGUGCCGCUGGAAGAACCGCAACAACCUGGCCUACAGGCGGGUGCCGAGGGAGAAGGCCGAUUACCUGACCACCAGCAACCACAGGCCCGGUUUGCCCAUGCUUGUGACUCCCUCUCUCUACCUGCAAGAUGCACAGCAUGUCCCAGAGUAUUAUGGAGAAGGAACACCAACACAACGGCCGGAGGAAGCGGAGGAAGACUCCCGUGACCAGACUGCAGAGGGGAUGGAGCAGGAGGAACAAGACGCACACUUUUAUACAGGCAAGUCUUGUAUACCCAAGCGUCUUGUAUACCCAAGCAAGUCUUGUAUACCCAAGCGUCUUGUAUACCCAAGUAAGUCUUGUAUACCCAAGCAAGUCUUGUAUACCCAAGCGUCUUGUAUACCCAAGCAAGUCUUGUAUACCCAAGCGUCUUGUAUACCCAAACAAGUCUUGUAUACCCAAGCAAGUCUUGUAUACCCAAGCAAGUCUUGUAUACCCAAACAAGUCUUGUAUACCCAAGCAAGUCUUGUAUACCCAAGCGUCUUGUUUACCCAAACAAGUCUUGUAUACCCAAGCAAGUCUUGUGUACCCAAGCAAGUCUUGUAUACCCAAGCAAGUCUUGUAUACCCAAGCAAGUCUUGUAUACCCAAUGAAUCCAUGAGGUAAACACAGAAGUCUCAGUCACAUUAUGACUGAGGACAUGGCAGUGUCCAUUUUCAAUCUGAAAAAGGGUCCCGACCAGAAAUGUUACUUGUCUACGUUCUCCAGAGAUGCUUGCCUGAGUUACCCCAGCACUUUGUAUCCUUUUUAGAAAUAGUUUUUGUCUGGCUUUGCUCAGGUUAGUUUAGUUCAGUUUAAAGAUACCACAUGGAAACAGGCCCUUCGGCCCACCGAGUCUGUGCCAA